CUUUUUAGGUAGUAAUCCUUGCCAUUACAAAUACAUGCUCUCCCAGUAAUUAGCCUCUUCCUGUAAAUUGUAGUUAGUCAUUUUUUGUGCACUGGCGUUAUUUUGUACAGUGUUUAGCAAAAUUCCAUCCAGUCUUGAUGUUGUAUUUCUGUUGUUAAGUGGAGAACUUUACUCGCUUAUCAAAAAGUGAGUUCCAUUCUUGUUUUCGUUGAAUGGUUUGAUUUGAUAUGACUGGUGAUUCUAUUUUUGCGCCACUUAUGUCUCUCCAAAUGCAGGGUUAGUAAAAUAGUUAUGGGUCCUUACAUCUGUGAAUCACAUUGUAUAAAGCCUACACUUAGGAUCACUUGAAGACAAAAUAUUAGGUCAGUCGGAUCAAUUUUAAGUGUAACCAUAAUGCUGCCCAAGCAGCUUAUUUGGCUUACUGCACUGUUUUGCACCUAGUAUGAUGAUGUGCCCAUUGAGGUAUCUUGGCAAGGUCAAAUUCCAAGUAAUGAAGUACUUUUAUGACUGUAUAACCUUGAAAUGUUCUCUGUUAUGUGUAAUUCAAUUUCUAAGAGGAUCUGCAUAUGAAGGUGGAGGGGAUCCAGGUUCAUGCAGAUGAAGGUGGAACCACACAAACACGUGGCGGCAUAUACUGGUUAAUCUUGCCAGCCGGAUAUCUUGGGUCAUCUUUCUGGGGAAUGGUUUUGAUACUAGCAUCGACAAAUCUUCUGACUGCAAGAAUUGCUGCAGGAUGUUUUGUCGUUGCUCUACUUGUUGUACUCUGUGUAGCUAAAAACUGGACGCUAAGGGGACUUUGUAUUGGAUUUGUUAUUUUCCUUGGUGUGGUUUGGGUUCUUCAAGAAACAACAAAGAUUCGUAUACUUCAGUACAUAAUUCUGUUCAUUGGUGUAAUGAACAGCUUGUUUUCAGUCUAUGAUAUAUAUGAUGACCUCAUAUCUCGUAGAGUUCACUCAAGUGAUGCCGAAAAAUUCGCAGAAGUGUGUCCUUGUCCUUGCAAUGGUGUUGGCUGGGGUGUUAUCUGGGGUUUAAUAUCAUUCUUAUUUCUUUGUGGAGCAAUGUACCUUGGUCUUGUAAUAUUGUCUUGAGGAAGCUAUACUUACCGAGAACACUGGAGAAUUGGCCUGUUUGCAAUCCCAUGCACUUCCUGAAUUCGAUUUUUCAUUUUUUUGCACAGAAAAUUCAUGGCCAAAAGUGAAGAGAUAAGGCCUAAUUGAUUUAUUAUUAUUAUUUUUUCAAAAUUGAUAUUUUAGUAUCAAUCAAUAUAACAUCAUUCAGACCUGA